AUGAGUAAUUCGGCAGUAACCAAGCCUACUGGCACCAUCUUGCUCACAGGCGCCAGUGGCACCAUCGGCAGCGCAAUCGCAUCCCGGAUCGCAUCAAGCCCUGCGCUCUCAGCCGAGUACCACGGCCUCUACACGGCUCGCAAGGCAGAGACGGCAUCGGAGCUGAAGAGAGCGCUGUACAGAUCCCACUCAUCAUCGGGAUCCACGUCCCCUCACCCCCACGACAUCCUGAGUCUCGACCUCUCCGACCUCUCCGCCGUUCGCGACAUCGCGGCCAGGAUCAACGCCCGUGUGGCCUCUGGGGAGAUCCCGCCCCUUCGCGCCCUGAUCCUCAACGCGGGCUAUCUCGAGUUCACCGAGCAGAGAUGGACCGAGGACGGCUUCGACAUGACCUUUGCAACCAACUAUCUCGGCCACUGGCUCCUCGCCAUGCUGUUGCUCCAGAGCAUGGACAAGGAAUCAGGACGCAUCGUGUUUGUAACCAGCGAGUCUUACGACCCUCUUAACCCGAAGAACGCACACGCCGGCUUCGCCGACAAGAAAUGGCACCAGUUCAUCACAUCCGGCACCUUCGAGCCCAUCGCACAGGGGACAUGGAGCAGCUCGGCAGACGACCCCUCCCCGUCCGGCGGCUACCGACGCUACGGAGCCUCCAAGUUCUGCCAAGCUCUCGCAAUAGGCGAGCUCCAGCGCCGCCUGGACGCCGACCCGGCCCUCGCAAACAUCUGCGUCCUCGGCCUGGACCCGGGCACCGUCCCGACCAACAUCACCCGCCGCGGGCCCUGGCCCAUCCGCGUCUUCGUGCCCCUCUUCGUCAUCAGCGUCAUCGGGCCGCUGAUGGCGUGGUUCAACCGCAACGGCGCCCUGCGCACCGUGGCGCUCGCGUCCGAGGACCUGGUCGACGCCGCGCUGGGCACCACCGCCGUGGCGCCGUUUGGGGGUAGGCCCAAGGGAUUGUUCCUGUACGGGUCGAGGGUGGAGGAGAUGACCGCCGAGGCGCGGGACGAGGAGAAGAGGCGGCUGCUGUGGCGGGAGACGCUAGGGUAUACGCAGCUGAGGAAGGACGAGACGGUUCUUGACUUUUCGGGAUAA